AGCAAGCGGCGGGCGCAGCUGAGCCCAAGUCCCAGCACCCGGCCCGCGCCUCGGGCUUCCGCCGGGUCAGCUGACUACUUAAGUGCGGAACUGCGCGCCCCGCCGUGCUGCCAGCCGCCGCCGCGCUCUGCGCUCAGUGCUCGGCUCUCGGUGCUCCGCGCCUGCCCUCGGUGCUCCGCGCCGCGCGUCCGCCCAGUCGUCAUGGCCGGGCUCGUGGUCAGUGGAACUCAAGUGUCCUACAUAGGCCAGGACUGCAGAGAAAUUCCAGAGCACCUUGGCAGGGACUGUGGACAUUUCGCAAAGAGGCUCGAUCUGAGCUUUAACCUUCUGAGGUCACUGGAAGGACUGAGCGCGUUCAGGAGCCUGGAGGAACUCAUCUUGGACAACAAUCUGCUCGGGAACGACCUCGUGUUGCCAGGGUUACCCAGGCUUCAUACCUUAACCCUCAACAAGAACCAGAUCACUGACUUGGAGUGUCUUCUUGAUCACCUGGCAGAAGUGACACCAGCAUUGGAGUACCUCAGCCUGCUGGGUAAUGUGGCCUGUCCCAACGAGCUGGUCAGCUUAGAAAAGGAUGAGGAAGACUACAAGAGAUACAGAUGCUUUGUUCUGCACAAGCUGCCCAAUUUGAAGUUUCUGGAUGCCCGGAAAGUAACCAGACAAGAACGAGAGGAAGCUUUGCUCAGAGGGUCAUUCAUGAAGGUGGUGAAGCCCAAGGCUUCCAGUGACUGCAUCACGGCCUCUCCAGUGCACCACUAUACACCCCUGCCUUCUGCUUCCAGGGAUCUCACCAAUCAUCGAGGUGUCCUGGGAAAGUGCCACUAUGUUUACUAUGGGAAAAACUCAGAGGGCAACAGGUUUAUCCGAGACGACCAGCUCUGAUGGCAAGUUCUGUAUGCUUUAGCCUGUGUCAUGAGAAUAAAAGAAAAAGGGCACGUAAAAAUAAAGAAAAAGCUGAAG